GUUGCCUUGCGGAUGUGACGACCGCUUUUCCCCGGAAGUCAUUCUUCGAUAUUUCUCUAAUAUGGCACAUUAGCGUUAAGAUUAACCGUUCGUUCAUUUACAAUUUUGAACCAUGGCUAACAGAACAGUAAAAGAUGCCAACAGUAUACAUGGAACGAAUCCUCAGUAUCUUGUCGAGAAGAUUAUAAGGACACGUAUUUAUGAGUCCAAGUACUGGAAAGAGGAAUGUUUUGGACUUACAGCUGAGCUUGUCGUGGACAAAGCAAUGGAGCUGAAGUUUGUUGGUGGGGUAUAUGGAGGAAACAUCAAGCCAACUCCAUUCUUAUGCCUGACCCUAAAGAUGCUGCAGAUCCAGCCUGAAAAGGACAUUAUUGUGGAAUUCAUCAAGAAUGAAGAUUUCAAGUAUGUCCGUUUGCUUGGAGCAAUGUAUAUGCGCCUGACUGGAACUUCUGUGGAUUGCUACAAGUAUUUAGAGCCAUUAUACAAUGACUACAGAAAAAUCAAAAGCCAGAACAGAAAUGGAGAGUUUGAGUUGAUGCACGUUGAUGAGUUUAUAGAUGAGCUGCUUCAUGCCGAGCGAGUGUGUGACGUUAUCCUCCCUAGAUUUCAGAAGAGACAGGUUUUGGAAGAAGCAGAGCUGCUGGAUACUCGUAUUAGUGCUCUGGAAGAAGAUCUAGAUGAGGUGGAGACCAGUGAGGAAGAGGAUGAGGAAGAAGAGAAGCCAGAGAAAGUUCAUACACCAGAGCCACACAGAAGAAGUUACAGAGAUGUGGACCGACCACGCAGGUCACCUUCUCCACGCUAUAGACGCAGCCGCUCACCCAGAAGACGGAGCAGAUCACCUAAAAGACGAAGUCCAUCACCCAGACGUGAUCGAGAUCGGGACCGUCACCGCAGCAAAAGUCCCCGUAGACACCGCAGCAGAUCCAGGGACAGAAAGCAUCGCUCCAGAUCUCCAGGUCACCACAAAAGUCACCGGCAUCGCACUCACUCUAAGUCCCCAGAGAGUCGGUCAAAGAAGAGCCACAAGAGAAGUCGAAGAGGAAACGAGUGAAUUUUUGUUUGUUUGUUUUUGUACAGAUAUUUUUGUGCUUUGUAAUAUAUGGAGAAACAGUGCAAUUUAUGUCAUAAAAAGCUUGAUCAUAUUCUGUAUAAACUGCCCAUCUAAAUUUUGUCAUCAUAUGUUUUUGAUGCUGUUUUGUACAUUUAAUUGAAAUUUACAACCAGGAAUUGCAGGGGGGGUUUUUUCAUCCUGAAUUAACUAUUGUGUAAAUUAAACAUUUGAUGUAAUGUAAGACAAUGAUUGAAAGAAAAUUUCCUUUGCUGUUA